AUACCACCUUGAUCAUCUGCAUAUAUACCACAAUAUCCUCAACCACUCCACCAUUGAGGGCUCCUUUGCCCGCACCCUCACUUGGCACACCGAUCAAGGAGCCUUCUUACUGCUCAUACUCCCACCAGGAGAUCAGAGCUUCCACUAUAAGGAUCAUCUAGAACGCGAGACUAUCCUCAUGGUCCCGGAUGAUGGAGAAGUUAGAAUCCUUGUUGUCAUGGGCAACACUCUACGCAGCAACUUUUUUGGAACUACUCCGCCCGUUCGUCCCCUCCCUCAUUCGGUCGUUCUUAAGAAGCAUUCUCCUGAAGGCCAUCGUGUCGUUGUCGGGAGGAUGUUCUUGCUACCUUCCGACAUAGUAGACGCGGUAAGCGGUCUCACCUACGAAGCUUGGAGUAAGCAGGCUCUGAUCCCCAAUCCUAUGUUUGACACUGAGGAAAUAAUCGCUGAGAAAAGGCGUUUAGGGAUGAAUUGUAACUCGAGCAGCAUCGAAUGCUGGAUGAGGUGUAUGGAGAAUACGUGCUCCCCGAGUCAGACGGCAAUAUGCUAUGAUAGCAAAACCCAUGGUAUCUGCCCCAAUGAUGGGAAGAUGCAUCCUGAAUGCGGUGUCAAGUGUGAGAGUUCUUCGGGGACCACUACGACUCCAACUAAGCCGUCCAAUUCUGCAAUGACUAGGAGGGCAGCCACCGAAGCGAUGGCGGCCUUUGUGGCCCUCCUAGGCUUAUCAAAUAUUUAAUUAUAUUUUCUACGUGUCUACCCAGUGGGUCUUUUAGUGGCACUCAACUCGGUCGUUCAAUCACGAUAGCGUUCUCACUGUAGAAGAGACUACCUUACUUCCUCCUCACAUGAACAAGUCAUCGAUUGUAAACUUCUGAGCGCU